GCCCUUCCUUAGAAACAACCAAAACAAAGCUUACAAGUGCACCAGUCCUCCAGCCCACCUCCUAUCUGCCUUCCUAACUCUCCCCUACACCCUCAUAUGUCAUAUAUAUGAGCUCUCUGCACUCACAAAGCAUUAUUAUUUAAUUUCAACCCCACCAUUAGUCCUUUACAUAACUUCUACCUUCUUCCAUCUUCAAUUCCUUCUUGAAGCUAUCUAGCUAAGCAAUGGCAAAGGCCAAGAGGUUUUGUGCCCUUCUGCUAAGGCUCAUAGCCUUGGCUGCAACCCUUUCGGCGGCCAUUGUUAUGGCCACAAGUUCUCAGACUACUACCGUCUAUGGUAUAUCCUUUGAGGCCAAAUAUAGCUUUACCCCAGCCUUCAAGUUUUUCGUGAUUGCGAAUGCAAUUGUAAGCGUUUAUGGGUUUCUAGUUCUUUUCCUUCCUUCAGAGAGUUUGCUAUGGCGCUUGGUUGUGGCCCUUGAUGUGAUUAUUACAAUGCUGCUCACUUCAAGCAUUUCAGCAGCCUUAGCAAUUGCUUAUGUGGGUAAGAAAGGGAAUAGCCAUGCUGGUUGGCUGCCUAUCUGUGGUCAAGUUUCUAAGUACUGCGACCGAGUCACCGGAGCUCUGAUAGCCGGAUUCAUUGCAGCAAUCAUUUAUUUGCUGCUUCUUCUCCACUCCAUCCACACUGUUCUUGAUCCACUUCUUGUUAGUAAAUGAGAGUUAGAUAUAUAUAGGUCAUUAGUCAAUUGGAGUUCUUCUCUUCUUUAUCUGUUUUUAGUUGAAGGAAGUGUACUUUCAGUACUUUGGGGAGGGGGGGGGGAAGGUCAAGUUAUGAAUUGUUGCACUCACUGUGCUUUGUAAUAGAGAAUCACUGUUGAUGCUUACUAUAAUUCACAUAGUUUUGUUUGAUUUCAAGAAGCAUACCUAGUGACUGUAGGGUAUGUGUUCUUCAUUCUAGAAGGGAAUUUAAUCUUGUGGACUUCCAGUUCCAGAAAAAAGAAUUGUUAUCUCUUGGUUAUUUUGCACUUA